UUAUAAUAUAUUCUUUUGUGAUUGUUAUUUGGUCAAAAAAAGAUAUUCUUAAAACAAAAUUACCAAGUAUGAGUUAAAAAACACUGCUACAGUCCCAGGAGACCUUGUAAGAUUACUACUACAAGAUUCAUUAACAAAAAACUAGCGAGAAAAUUUAGGAUCAGUUAAAAAUUAGCCUUUAAGAAUUUAUUUAAUGUAGUUCUAAAUUUUAUUUAAUUCUUGAUGUCUAUCCAUUAUCUCAGCUAGAAUUAUUUAAAGGUUAGUUAAGCAGCUUUAAGGUUUUAAAUGAAAAAAAUAUAUCUUUAGAGCAGAUUGAUAAUAUUCUUCACUCUAAGAAUUAGAAUUUAAUAAUUGACAUGAAGUCAGAGGAGGUAGGAGCUAAGAUAUUAUUCUUAUUGUCUUUAAUGUUAAAGAAUUAGAUUUAAUUAAACAAAGUAAUAAUUUAUUGCUUUAAGUAUAGUUGCUACGCGGAUUACUUGAUAAAAUCAUUCUAAUUUUCAACAAUUAACAACAAUAUUUACUAUUUGAAUGAUUUCAAUAGUUAUAUAAAUUUAUAAGUUGUCAAGUAUGAAUUAGACUUUUAAAAAAUAGAAGAAGAUAUUAUUUAAAUGGAAAGAAAGAUAAGGCAAAUGAAUAAGUUCAACAAAUUUAAUGUUAUAAUUUUCUCUAUAGACAGUUUCCACUCCUACAAGAUUAGAAAAUAAUUACAAGUUAAUUCAAUUUUAAUUUAAAAAAUGAAUAUUUAUUGCGAAGAAAUUGAUAAAUCUUCUUUAAGAUAGCAAGAUCACUCAAACAUAUACAUAGUAAGUCAAUUAAAUCUUCUUAAAAAUUAAAAUGACAUUGUAGAUAACUGUUAUAUGGCGAUUGAUUUCGGAAUGCAGCAGCACACUUUUUUUUCAAAUAAAUUUGAUUCUUAUCAAGAAUAAAUCGUUUUUAUUUCUAAGAACGAAGCUCUAAGAAGAUAAUCUUAUUUAUCCUAAAAUUAUCCUUGCUAAUUAAUAAGAGUUUACUAGAAAUAAAAUCUAUUUAGAAGUAAUACUGAUGACUUAUCCAUUUUGAUGCUUAAAGAAGGAAAUUUGUAUAAAUACUUAUGCAAAAAAUAUAAGUUAGAUGAUCAUUUUUUUCCAUCACAAAACCAUUUUUUGAGAUUAGAUUCAGAAAAUUAAGAAAAAAGAGACUUACAUUUUACUCAUGAAUAAGAAAUUUUAUCUUCUGAUUUGUAUUAAAAGAAUUAUCUGCACUAAGAAGAUACUUUCCUUAGAAGUUUGGUUUAAAUCAAUUAAUCAAUAAUCAAUAAAGAGUCUUUUGACGCAGAGAAAAAUAUAGUAUUUUCUCUUUUAUAAAAUCACAUUUGGUCUAAAGAUGGAAAUAUAUAUACAAUUACAAAUUUUAGAAAUUAAAUAUUAGCAGAUGAAAAGAAAUCAAAAUAACAAAUUGUGUGUCAAAAAUAGUUCUUAAAUACAUUAAUAUCAAAUAUUAUCAGCAUCCCUUGUGAACCUAUAUCAUCUCUCAUAUAAAAGUAUAUCUAAGCAUUCCCAUAAUCUCUAUUUGUCUUUUCAGGAAAUAAGCAAAAGGGUUAUGUGAAUGUAGAAACUGGUGAAUAUUUAAAAGUUUCGAUUCAGAGUCCACUCAAAAUAUAUUCAGAAUAUCCUACUUUGAUCAUAGUUCACUAUAUGCUUUAAAUAGGAGAAGAAAUUUUCAUUUAAGAUUACACUAAAGUUGAUGUUUAAGAAAUACCAGAUUAAUUAAGACAAAAAAUUAUUUAAUAUAUUGAAAACUUUAAAGUAGAAUAAAUAAAACAAUACUUCGAUAUAAGCACUCUUCUCUUUGAUACUAUUUGGGUAAAUUCAGGAGAAUUAAUAAAUGCUUUUCAAGAGUAGUAUAAUUGCAUAGUUAAAGCAGAUCCUAUUUUCGAUUCAAUAACUGUUUGUAAUAUAAUUUGCAAGAAUGAUGAACAAUAUACUCCAGAGUAGAAAAUUGAAGCAUUUGAACUAAUCCUCAAUUCCUCUAAAAAUUCGCUUAUUAAUGAAAAAAUAGAAUUUGACUAUUAUAAUAAUGCUAAGUUGUGCUUAAAGAAAGGAGGUAUUAUCGAGAGGAUUAUUAAAAAUCACGAAUGCUUCACAUUUUAGAUUGAUAACGUUCCAGUUAGUAUGAGUAUGGAAAAGCUAAGUGAGUGGAUUAAUGAAUAUAGUGAUAUUAUUAGCAUAAAACCAGUUGAUAAGCCAAAAGACGAAAUUAGUUUGCAAUAAAAUAGUUAAAGAGGAAUUUGUUAUAUUAUUUCAGUAGAAGAUUAGAGUGAUGUUAACUUUUUUAUUGAUGUUUUUGAUGAAACUGAAAUGGAUAAUAAUAUUAUAAAGAUUAAAAAAAUUUAAAAUAACUUAAAAAAUAAAUAAAUGAUUGACGGAAUGAAGUUUACGGAUGAGUGCAUAGGAGUACGUAUAAAGUGGUAUAAUUUAAAAUGUGAAGGACCUGCUUUAAUAGAAUAUGAAGAUUAAAUAAAAUGUUAAGAAGCUUGGGAAAUUCUUUCAAAGGAAAAAAGCUUCAGCAGAAAAGACAAUACCACAAUUUAAUAUAAAUAUUGUAAAGGAGGAGUAAACUUUAACAAUGAAGUAGAUUGGAUGGAAUAUCUAGUUAAAAAAUGUAAGCUACAGCCUACUAAAAUUUAAAUUAACAGAGAGAAAAAGCCUGAUCAUUUAAAACAAGAAAAUUUUGUUAAAUAUAUCAUUAAAAAUAAUAUUACUCCUAAUUGUUAGUUGUUAAACUUAAAUAGCUAUGCUGAGACAUCCAAAAAAUCAGCAAAAGUACAACUCUUACUUGAAUCUGAUAUUAAAAAAGUAGUUGAGAAAUACCAUGAAACUUAAAAUGUAAUUGGUUGUACUAAAUGCUUUAUAUCACCCUUUUAUUACUAUACCCAUCAGAUAGAUAGCUCUAUAAGAAAUUACAUUAAGCAUGCCCUAGAAAAUGACUAGAAAAUUAAUUUAGCAAUUCAGCAAAAAAAAUGCAAAGUGUCAUUUUUAGCUUAAGAAAGCGAAGUUGGUUAAAGGUUUGAGGUCAUAAGAAUAAAGGCUAAAGAUAUUAAUUUAUUCUAAGCUUUUAAAUAGAAACUUAUUACCUAUAUUGAAGGAGGCUAGAUAAUAAUUUAAAAAGAAAAGUAUAGUAUAAAUAAAUUGUAAUCUCCUGAAGGAAAACUAUUCAUAAACGAUAUGAAUACCCUCUUCAAUUGCUAUAUUAAAGUAAGUGGAUAGGUAACAACUGAAGGAAAUUAUAUAAUAUAUGUCUAUGGUUUAAAUGAGGAGUAAUUAAGUUAGCUUCAAUAGAAAAUAGAAAAUAUGCUUGGAAUGAAUUCAAAACUCAUUAUUUAACUGAAUGAAGAGGAAUUUAAAGCUGCUUCUAAAUUACUUGUCUUUGAAGAUAUCAAAUAAGAAUUUUCUAUAGAUUAAAUUUACUUGAAUAAAGCUAAGCGAUAACUUGUUGUUGAGGGCAUAGAGUAGAAUAUCAAUAAAUUUAGAGAAGAAUUUUCAUUUAUGAUGUAAAAUUUAUCCAAAAUGAAAGAGCAAAAUAAUAUAAAAGGAGAAAAGUAAAGUGAUAAGAAUUAGUUGAAAUUUCAAUCACCUCAAUGUGAAAUUUGUCUAAUGGAUAUGGAUGUCGCCUAUAGGUUGCAAGCAUGCAGACAUAAAUUUUGUUAACCGUGUAUAAACUUGUAUUUAAUAGACUGCUUAUCAAAUAUAUAAUAAUUUCCUCUAAAAUGCCCUAAGUGCUUAUAAGAAAUGGUCAUAUAAGAUCUAGUCCGUUUACUUAGUGAAUAGUAAUGGUAGAAACUAACUAAUCUCUCUUUAAAUAAAUAUGUUUCAGAAAAUGGUUCUUCAGCAUAAUUUUGCUUUACCCCUAAUUGUGUGUAUAUUUAUGAUCCUCAUUAACAGAAAUAUAGAUGCCCAAUAUGUAAUGUAUUUUAUUGUAUUCCAUGUAAAAAACCAAAUCACCCGGGUUUAACAUGCAGUGAAGCUUAGCUAGGAAUAGAUAUCCUAUUUAAAAAUUAUAUGCUUGAAGCCGAUGCAAGAUAUUGUCCUAAUAAAGCUUGUGGUGCUAUUCUUAUGAAAAUAGAUGGUUGUAAUAAGGUUGAAUGCAGAAAUUGUCAUAAAGCAAUAUGUUGGCAUAAAAAAUGCAUGAUUCCAUUUAAUACAGCUGAUGAAUGUUAUAAUCACUUAAGAAAUCUUCAUGGAGGCUAUUAUGAUUGAACAUAAAGAAAGAUUGCUAAUUAACUAAAUUAUAUUUUAAUUAUUUAGAGUACUAAAAUAAAACUUUAAAGCUUGAAUUUUAUUUAUAUGAUUUUGAAAUUAAAGUUUAAAAGCAUUGAAAAAUUAACA